AUGUCUGCUUUCUUUUCCUAUCUAUCUAUCUAUCUAUCUAUCUAUCUAUCUAUCUAUCUAUCUAUGCUGUUAUUACAUGCAUUUAUCUUUAUUCCUUCUGGAUCUUACUUUUUUUUUUUCUACGGUUCCACUUUUUGUUGUUUUUUUAUUUGUUCACCUUUUUCUUUCUUUUCUUUUUUAACACGUCGUCUUUCUUUUUUUUUUUUUUGCAUUUAUUCUAUUUUCUCAAAUCUUUCUUUCUUUCUUUCGUUCGUUCUUUUUUCUUUCGUUCUUUCUUUCUUUUUUCUUUCUUUCUAUCAUUCAUUCUUUCUUUCUUUCUUUCGUUCGUUCUUUCUUUCAUUCUUUCUUUCGUUCGUUCUUUCGUGCUUUCUUUCUUUCUUUCUUUCUUUUAUUUGGUUUGUUUCCUGUUUGCAUGAAUUUAUUAAAUUCUUCACUCCAAUGAUUCGAAUCCUGCUAAGAAUUCGUCUUUGGACCCUUUUUUUUUUCAUCUUUUCUUUUCUAUAUUUUACUCCAAAUUCUCUUCUUAUUCCUUUGAUUCUACACUCUUCCUCCAAAGCUUUUAUUAUUUGUAUCUCUUCAUCUUUUUCAGCUCUAUCGUCUCCUCCCUUUGUCUUCUCUUCUGUCCGCUUUUAUUCAUACAUCUCGCCAUUUUCAUUCACUCCUUCAUUCUCUUGUCUUUUUCAUCAUAUUCUUCUCUUUUUUUCCUCCUUUAUUUCUUAUGAUUUUCCUCCUUCUCUUCAUCUUUUUCUUGUCAUUUCUACCGUCUUUUUAUUCUCUUCUCUGUAUUUUCCCCCACGUCUCCUCUUAACCUUCUUAUCUCCUUCUCCUCAUUCUUAUUGCCCUUUUAACCUUUUCUCUCCCUUUCUCUUUUUUUUAUAUCUUCCCCUGUUUUCUUCAUUUGAUUCUACCAUCCAUUUCUCUUUUUCACCCUCUUACGCACUUUUCUCUUGA